AUGAUAUGUGGUUAUUGUAUAGAAGGCAAUUUAAGUUUGGCUUUUAAGUUUUUCCAUAGGAUGAGUGGCCAUGAUUGUGUUCCAGAUUCUAUUACAUAUGGUGCUCUUAUAAGUGGGUUGUACAAACAGUCAAAGUUGAAUGAGGCUCUUGGAUUGUAUGAUGCCAUGAUAGAGAAGGGACUUACUCCAUGUGAAGUUACUCGAGUAACGUUGGCUCAUGAAUAUUGCAAGAUAGGUGACAGUUUCUCUACUAUGAUUGUUCUUGAAAGGCUAGAAAAGAAACCCUGGAUCCAGACAGUUAACACUCUGCUUCAAUUCCUCCAACUCCAUGCCACUGAAACUCACUUAGCCAUGGAAUACGGCAAUUGGGCUGAAUCGCUGCAAACCGAAACCCCACUUCUCUCUUUCCCCCAGCCUUCAGCAUCGUAUCCUCCUCCACCAUCUCACACUACCCAUUACCCCUCUUACCCUCAAAACCCUAAUCCCUCUUCCUCUCUUCCCCUCAACCCUCCUGGGGUUGAUUCCCUCCCCCCAUUGAAGCCCGUUAUAUAUUCGGGUCACGAAGCCGUUCCUAUUCCCAGUUUGAUCUAUCCUCAGACCCAUGUUGGGGCUGAUUCCAACUCGUUGGCGCCGUCUUCUGGGUACUAUGUGAACCAGAAUCGGGCUGCCAGAGAGGCUGUUAGGCAAUUUGGUUCUGACCCGACUGUCUUUGCUCCUGGCAUAUCUAUACCAUCCAAUGGCUCAGAACAAUUGGCUACGGUAGAUCCUAUCUCCAUGUGGUGGGCAAAUACCGCAACUCAACUUCAAGGCAGUGGCGUACUGAACAAAAAACAAAAGAAAGCUAAAACUAAGGUUGUGCAACCUGCAUAUUGUGAAGUUUGCAAGAUAGAAUGCACCGGCAAGGAAGUACUGGACCAACAUAAAUUAGGAAAGAAGCACAAGAAGAACUUGGAAAAACUAAGAGAAUCAUUGAAACCAACCCACUUUCAACCAUCUGGGUCAACUAAUCCGGUUAUAGGACCCCAAUUACAGGACGACAAGAGCAAAUUAACCACUGGGAACAAGACUAAGAGAAAAAAAGUUGAAACUGUUGCAGACUUGGAGAAAAAGAAAAAGAAGGUUCUUGAUGGUGGGGCUGCAGCCGAAGCAGUUAAGAUAUGUGCUAUAUGUAACGUGGUGUGUAAUAGUGAGACAGUCUAUAAUUUCCAUCUUACUGGACAAAAGCAUGCUGCUAUGCUGAAGAAAGCAUCUUAUCAUACAUACUCCAAUGCCAGUUGA